CAGGGGGUGUGAGCUGCUGGACCAGGGUGCCUGGAAACAAACUCAGAUCCUCUGAAGAGCACUGUGAUCUCUUAACCACUGAGCCAUCUCUUUGGCCACAUUUAUCAACAUUUUAAAUACAGGCAGGAGCCGACCCUGUACCUGCACAGCUUACCUGGCUUCCCUACCCUGGGAGGAAGCAGGCUGCAGGUACACUGGUGACUGCUGCCCAAGUGGUCCUCACCCUGCAAAGCAAAGCUGCAACAAUGUCACUGCGAGACUGCCAGGCCUGGAAGGAUGCUGGUCUCCCACUCUCCACCACAAGUAAUGAAGCCUGCAAGUUGUUUGAUGCCACCUUGACCCAGUUUGUGACAUGGACCAAUGACUCGAGUCUUGGUGGCCUAGAGGGCUGCCUCGCAAAGCUCAAAGCAGCGGAUCCUACUUUUGCCAUGGGCCAUGCCAUCUCUAAUGGCCUCGUACUCGUUGGCACCGGAAGCUCUGUGAAGCUGGACAAAGAGCUGGACCGGGCUGUGAAGACGAUGGUGGAGGUUUCCAGAGCCCAGCCGCUGACACCUCGGGAGCAGCUGCAUGUGUCUGCAGUGGAGAUGUUUGCCAAGGGGAACUUCCCCAAAGCGUGUGAUCUGUGGGAGCAGAUCCUGCAGGACCACCCAACAGACAUGUUGGCCCUGAGGUUAGCCCAUGAUGCCUACUUUUACCUGGGCUACCAGGAGCAGAUGCGGGAUUCUGUGGCUCGAGUUUACCCCUUUUGGAAACCUGACAUCCCCCUUAGCAGCUAUGUGAAAGGCAUCUAUGCUUUUGGACUGAUGGAAACCAACUUCUAUGACCAGGCAGAAAAGCUUGCCAAAGAAGCUUUAUCUGUUCAGCCUACGGACGCGUGGUCAGUACACACCAUUGCUCACGUGCACGAGAUGAGAGCAGAGGUCAAGGACGGACUGGAGUUCAUGCAGCGCUCCGAAGCCCAGUGGAAGGAUUCCGAUAUGCUGGCUUCCCAUAAUUAUUGGCACUGGGCCGUGUACUUGAUCGAAAAGGGAGACUAUGAGGCCGCACUGACCAUCUACGACAAUCAUAUCCUCCCUCAAAUGCAGGCCAGUGGUACCAUGCUGAACGUGGUGAACAGCUGCUCCAUGCUCUACCGCCUUCAGAUGGAAGGGGUAUCUGUGGGCCAGCGGUGGAAGGCCAUCUUACCCGUGACCCAGAAGCACAGCCGAGACCAUACCCUUCUGUUCAAUGAUGCUCACUUCCUGAUGGCCUCCCUGGGUGCACAGGACCUUCAGACCACACAGGAGCUGCUGACCACCCUGCAGGAGGCCAGCGAGUCCCCAGGGGAGAACUGUGAGCAUCAGUUGGCGAGAGAUGUGGGGCUGCCCCUGUGCCAGGCCCUUGUGGAGGCUCAGAACGGGAAUCCUGACCGUGCCCUAGAGCUGCUCUUGCCUGUCCGUUACCGAAUCGUCCAGAUUGGGGGCAGCAAUGCCCAGAGAGACGUCUUCAACCAGAUGCUGAUUCACGCGGCCCUCAACUCUACCUCCAGUGUCCAUAAGAACGUGGCCCGGAGCCUUCUGAUAGAGCGCGACGCCUUGAAACCCAACUCACCCCUGACUGAGCGGCUCAUCCGCAAGGCGGCCGCCAUCCAUCUCAUGUAAUGACCAUGCCAGGUCCUAGGCCUGCAGAAGCUCGGCAGUGACCUCCUGUGUUAGGCUGGCCACCCGGCCAUGCCCAUCAUGGCAAAGAGCUGGGCCUGCUGGUCAAGGAUAUGGUUCAUCCUGGAGCAGAGUCCUCCAAAUCAGUAGUUUGCUAGAAAUAAGGUUAAUUUUGAGUGUGAUUCAAUUCCCAGGGUCAACAUGCAUUUUUAAGUCUCCUAGAACCAAACAGGUGCUGCUGUUUGUGGGUACCUUGCAAAUCAUAUUUUCCAUCAGGCACACAUGCCACUUCCUGGCUGUUGAAGGGCUGACAGGCAGGGCAGAGGUGUGGCCAGUUCAGCAGGUAGUCUAGAGGUGCCUUCCGCACUGGAUGCUCCUCCCCACUUGGCACCAGCAAAUCCUCUUCAUUUAAUUUUCACUAUAUUCUAGACAGGUCCUGAGUCUCAUUUUUCAGGGGAGAGUACCAGUGAGCUCUGGGGUCCCAGCCAGCAGAGUCCUGUCCUUCUGGGGAGAAGGGACCUAUCAUUGGCUUUUGCACCUGCCCUUGUUAUUGCACUAUCCUCUGCUGUGAUCUUUGGUCAGGGAUUGUCUGUGUAUUCUGCGUUACCCAGUGGCUUGCACUAAAUGAUUGUCAGAAAAGCUGAUAAAUCCAUGCUUCAAUGAAGCGGAAUUCCGCUGGACAAAGGAGGAGUGAACCUACCAGGGACGGUCAAUGAUUAAAAGGAAAAA